UAUAUUAUUAUAUAACAUGAUAAAAUAAAUACAUAAUAUAAAAUAAUAAUAUACAAGGUUUUCGAUGAUAAGUUUUUUUAUCGUAUGUAGAGUAGAAAUGUUGACGUCGGACAGAGAGAACGGUGGGAUUCUAUUUCAGGUUUAAGCGUUUCCGACUCAAGGGAUAUGAAGCCUGUACUUGAUAAUAUCUCGGACUAUUUGCUGAUAUAAGUGGACACAUUAAAAUAAUUUUGUGAUGGUGCCGACAGGACGUUCACAGACGGAAUUAUUAAAGACAAUCAUCUUUGUAUCGUGGUGCACGCAACCGGGGCAAAGAUGAAAGUACACAAUAGUCUUCUUUCUGCAUAUAUUGUUCUAGUACUGAGUUCUACUGAUAUGCACGAGAUGCAGUUCUUCGAUGGUCGCAACUAUAGAAUCAAUAAAGUCCUUCUAUUGUGCAUUGGCCAAUGGCCGUAUCAAACGAGCAAAAGUAGCAGCGCUAUUAUUGUCAUUAUAGUAUCUUUAGCUGGCACGCAAUUUGUCGCAAAGAUAUGUGGUUUAUUUUCCAUUGAUGAUAUCGAUGUUUUCAUCGAUUCUCUUUCGCCGUUAGUGGUUGAUAUAGGAUGUGGAGUGAAAUUAAUAACUUGUAUAUUAAAAGCACCAGAGAUUCGAGCACUGUUCGACCAAAUACAAAGUGAUUGGCAAUCGCUGAUGACGUCCACGAAAAUUAAGAUUCUUGAUACUUACGCGCAGAAUGGACGGAAAUUUACGAUCAUAUACGCGAGUACUUUGUAUUCUGCGUUGAUAUUAUUUAUGUUGGUGCCAUUACAAUCAUUAUUAUUAGAGUCCUCUUUGAAUAGUACAAAUCGACCAUUGUUGCAUCGGGUUGAAUAUUACAUUGAUAUGGAUAAAUAUUAUUUUCCUAUCUUGAUUCACGGGUAUCUAACAGCUAUUGUAUGUAUAAGCAUAGCUAUCGCGACAGAUACGAUGUAUGUGAUCAUGGUACAACACGUUUGCGGAUUAUUUACAAUUAUCGGACAAGAGAUGGAGAAUAUAAUAAAGAAAGAUAAUAAAGAUAGUCUUCAGAUAAAUCUUUAUCCAACUGUACAAGAUGAUAAACCAUAUGAAAAUAUUAUAAAGAGCAUUUAUGCACACAAAAGGGUUUUAAGGUUCGCUAAUCUCAUUGAAACUGCGUUCAACCAAAUGUUCCUCGUGUUAGCAGGUUUUAAUAUGCUUAUCAUGAGCAUGACAGGCGUCACGGCAGUGACAAAUGUGGACAAACCGGAAGAAUUUCUAAGGCAAAUAACAUUCGCAUGCGCUUUGUUAGUACAUCUGUUCUUCGAGAGUUUUCAAGCGCAACGUUUAAUCGAUCACAGUGCGCACAUUUAUAUUAGAUUGUUAAAUGAAUAUAGCAUGGUAUCAGACCUCAAUUCGGACAAGAAAAAUCUUACUCUUCAUGAUAAUGAGGACGCGAGAACCAUGUGUGUUAACGGCAGGAAAAAUGUUCGUUAUAUCCAUGGAUACUUUCUCUACGAUUGUACGUACGUCGGUGUCAUAUUUCACGAUGCUACGUUCAAUGCAGUAACUAAUCUACGUCGUUAUUACGCAAGCUGCCAUCGUCGUAUCAGAAACUUUUCAUGAAACGAUGACAAAUGUGUGUACGGUAGGCCUACAUUGGACUCUAUUUUGUUGGGAUUGAAUUUCACAUUGUAGUCCGGUAUCCCGUUCCUUACCAGCUCUAAAACUCUAUGUAAAAUAGAAUGAUACUACAUAAAAUGGAAAAACUAAAAUAAAAUGAUACUAUACCUAUGA